GAACGAAUCACUCUCUGAGAAUACUCAUUCUUCUGAGUCACAUAAAAGAUUCAUUCAAAAUGAACGAAUCGUUCAUGAACGACCCAUCACUCGUAAGUGGGAUUUCCCGGUAGAUUUGAUGAGGAUUCCAUGCGGUCUGAUAUAUCAGAACAGCAAAUUUGAGUUUUUGAAAAAGAGUAAAAUAACAUGUCUGAGGAACCUGGACCAAGUGGCCAAUCACAAUCCGGGAGUCAAUCCCAAACCCAAUCCCAGCCCGGAUCCAGUUCAUCAUCUGCCCCAACAUCAUCCAGUCAGGGCUCUUCUUCUGGUUCAGGGACCCUGAGUUCUGUGGAUACGGUCCCUGUCCAAGAGCUACAACCUAUUCCAGAGGACGAGGAGGACCCCCAACCUCAGGUGUGGGGCUGCAUCAUUCCCCUGGUGCAGGGCUUCAUUGUUCUGAAUUGUGUUGAAAACCAGUAUUCAUUUGGACGGGACCGACAAUGUGAUUACACGUUCAGCAACUCUGCCGUCAAAAAAACAGCACAUUUCCACACCUAUAGCAAAAAGCACUUCAGAAUUUUUAAGGAGGAAAAGCUUGUAUACAUUGAGGACCUCAGUGGAAACGGCACAUGGGUGGACGAUGAGAAAAUAGGAAAGGGGAAGCAACGGCUGCUCAGUAAUAAUUCUGUUAUUGCACUGGCAGAACAGAAGCAUCAAGUGUUCAUGUUUAUUGACAAGAUGGGCGAUGAGCAGCCAAACCUGCCUGCAGAGUUCAGCAACAAAUACCACAUUGCCCGAAAGAUUGGAACAGGGGUCUGUGGUGAAGUAAAACUCGCAAUAGAAAAGGACACGUGUAAAAAAGUUGCACUGAAAACCAUAAACAAACACAAUUUCCCAUCAAUAGGGACAGCCACAAGAAAUGCAGAAAGGGAAAUAGAAAUUUUAAAGAAAAUAGAUCACCCUUGUUUGAUAAAAACAGAGGACUUCUACCAAACAGAAGAUUCCUACUACAUUGUAUUGGAGUACAUUGAAGGUGGAGAGCUGUUUGGCAGAAUUAAAGCCAAAAAACAGUUGGAAGAAGGAAUCGCUAAACUCUACUUUUAUCAAAUGCUCCGAGCCGUAGAGUACCUCCAUAAUAAUGGGAUUAUUCAUAGAGACCUGAAACCUGAGAAUGUGCUGCUGGCGUCACAUGAUGACAUCUGUUUGAUUAAGAUUACAGAUUUUAAUCAGUCUAAGAUUCUGGAAGAGUCAUCCCUGAUGAAGACACUAUGUGGAACGCCCACCUAUCUUGCCCCAGAAGUCUUCACUCAUGCAAGUACUGUGGGCUACACUAAAGCUGUAGACUACUGGAGUCUGGGGGUCCUCCUCUUUAUCUGUUUGGGCGGAUACCCCCCCUUUAACACAGAAUGCUCUACUAUGACUAUACGUGAACAGAUAAUUAAUGGCCAUUAUCGCUUCAUUCCUUCUCAGUGGAAGACGGUUUCAAAUGAAGCCAAAGAUUUAAUCAGGAAGCUCUUAAUUGUGGAUCCACUAAACCGUCUUACCGUUGAACAAGCACUUGUACAUCCGUGGUUAAAGGAUGAUGAGAUGAGAAACACAGCAAACAGACUAAUGUAUCCUGAACUGUCGAAGAAUCCACUGCACGGAAGUCUUUAGAGAACUGUUUGAUGUUACUUUGAACAUAAUUUUUUAUGAAAUGUAAAAUAUGAAAAUCAAAAUGCAUUGUUGUACCAUUUAAGAAACAUAACAUUUAUUAGAUGUUGCUACAUUCUUGCUCAUGAAAGGUGACUGUGAUAUGCAAGAUUUUUCUUUAACUAAAAACUGUUUUAAUUGGAUACUUUCAUCACAGAAACAUAAGGCACAAGAGGGAGAAGGUGAACCAUCAUCCAAGAGGAAACCUGUUCCUUGAUGUUCCCAUGCUUUUUUUAUUCCUGUUUUCUAGUGGCCUUUUUAACUCUUUCCUAUGACAAAUCCAUCCUGAACGUCUAACACAGUAUGACUCUGUAAAUACAAAAAAUUUGCACUAUUUCCUGUGUCAGCAAUAAAAUGUUUUUACAUUUUACAUAACUUCUCUUUUGAGAUUUUAUUACUUAAACCAUCGCAAACCAUGCUAAUAAAAUUAGCAAUAAUAUUACAUUUCAGGCAGAAAUCUUCCCUUACACCCCAAAUGUCUACUCACUUGACAUUUUGUAGAGUUAAAGGCAGGUCAUUAAUGUAGUGCACAAGUCUUUAACUGCACAUCAAUGUUAAAACGAUGAUCGAUAAGAUCAUUUAUUAAUCCUGCAUUGCAAAAGUUAUUUCCUUAGUAUUUUUGUCUGGUUUUUCAGUAAUACUAUCUAAACAUCCUUAAAACAAGAUUCAUUUCCUUGAAGCAUUAUUGUGUGAGAAGACUUCAGAAAAAUCCUAAAUUACAUUUCUUAUCCCAUUGGCAAAAUACUUUUUCUACUUUUAUGUGUAAAGCUAACAAAAUGUAGUGAUGACUAUAUAUGUGUGUGUGUGUGUGUGUGUUAUGUGUAUAUAUAUAUAUAUAUAUAUAUAUAUGUGUGUGUGUGUGUGUGUGUUAUGUAUAUAUAUAUAUAUAUAUAAUGUGUGUGUGUGUGUGUGUGUGUAUAAUAUAUAUAUAUGUGUGUGUGUGUAUAUAUUAUAUAUAUAUAAUAUAUACACACACACACACACACAUAUACAG